AAAUCAGACUUGGUUGAAUGGCAGUACAAAGACCAGCAGCUCGAAGGGGGAUGAUGCACAAUUGGUACGGUGCGCGCAUCCUUUUCCAAAGGCGCGGGGACUCCGUGUUAUAAACACGGGAUGCGUUCACAUGACAUGCCGCUGUGAACUCUGCGGUGGAGGAAUAUCAGCGUGGUAGCUGUGGGGUAAAAACGUGUGCCUGUCGCGGACAUGGAUGCUGGCUCUUGCAUUAUUUGCUGUGGACAGGAAUCUCGCCAGCUUCGAAGGAUGUUCUUGGGGUUUUGCAUUAGCGUUGUACCAGCCCGCUGAUCUUCUGCGGGGCUUUCUACAUUAUUUCGAGCUAUCUGAAAACAAAUAUUGUAAAACGUAUAUAUAGAUUUUUUCCCCAGUUGUUUGUUGAAGGGCGAUGUGACAGCCCCGGAGUUUGCGUGCAUCGGCUUACAGCCAGCGUGUGGAUUUGUAAUACGGUUUCAGGGAUGAGGAAUCUGUGACCAUCAUCAUCUAAAAAAGAUACACAGGUGAAACUGAAAGGCUGUGCGGGCUCGGAUCUUCGCGCCCCUUCAUUUCGUUUUACUCAGAUUGUUUUUUUUUUCCCAGAAGCAAGUAACACUCCCCUCUUCCACUUUUUUUUUUUACAAAAUGAGGCACUCAAGACGAAGGCGCUGGUGUAGUUUUAAGUCGCUUAGCUGACGAAAUGCGAUUUUUUUUCCCUCGCCAGUCUAAAAGAAACAUGGCAAGUCAACACUGUUGCGUGACAUCGUGCCUUUUUUUUUGUUCCACUCAAAAUAAACGUGUAAUUCACCAUGUGGUGUAGUCGACUCCUUUCAGUAUUUGUCCCGUCUCCAGUGGCAGGAAUUUUGGAGGACAGCCAGUUUAUUUCCCAGGUUGUGUCUUUUGAUUCUUAAUUGAUUUUAACACGAUCUUAGGAGCAAUGGCUUUUUUUCUACCCGCGCACGAUUCUCAUAUCCUGCGGAACUGAGUUGCGGUUCGUGUAGAACCUGUUAGCCUGUAAUUAUGCUCACCUCUAAACCCCUGGCGGCUCCCGGACGGAAUGUUUUAUUUCCCAUUGAUAGGGGUAUUUUAAGGACCAUGCAUGAUCACCGCCAAAAUUGAUCUUUUUUUUUAGCUAUUUAUUAAUCAUAAGUCGUAAUCACUAAACAGCAAAAAAAAAAAAAGCUGAUCAUUUUAACUGAUCCUUUUUUAAAGGCAAAAUUACCCCGUGGUCUGAGAGGUUACCGUGCACUCGCCAAAUAUCAAUCCUUUGGUAUACAGUUCAGCCGUUUAAACUUUUUUAAAAGAUUCUUGAACCCGCCUGGUGAAAGGGUUGUAAACUCCGUUUCUGUUAUUGCACGAAAUAAACUUUUUUGAUUAGCCAGAACAGCAUGAAGUGCCCCAUGAAGUGCUUCUGAGACUUUAGCCUCAGCUCAAUUAAUAUAAUAAUACAGUCCCACGCAGAUCGGCGGAGGUGUCCAUAGGAGUUCUUUUUAUAAUAACAGUUUACAGAAAUCAUGUCCCGAUCCAACAGCGUGAGCCCGCCCGGACUCGGUGCUCCUGGACCAAGGGGAGGGACCGAACACAGGUCUGCCUGGGGCGAGUCAGAGUCCAGAUCCAAUGGAUACCCAUACGCAGCUAAAUCGAGCAAAAAGCUAACCAGAUCCAACAGCAGAUGGAGAGACGAGGAUGACCUCGAACGGCAGCCGGGCAGGACCACCACUACAGUCAGUCGGGUCAGUUUCAGGUCCAAGUCUGCGUGGCAAGACCACGGAGAGGAGAUGCGGAAUAACAACAGGUCGAGUCCCAAGCACCCCGAUGGCGAAGUGAGACCCAAAUCAGUGGAGUUAGGUCUGGAGGAGCGGAGAGGGAAGUUGAAGGCAGAGGAGGAUAUCACUUCCGAAGUGCAGUUUUCCAUGGUCGAGUGUUGCAAUAGCGUGAUGCAGAUCUUCAGAUCCAAGAAGUUCCAGUCGGAGAAGUUGGAACGACUGUACCAGCGCUACUUCUUCAGGCUCAACCAAAGCAGUCUGACCAUGCUCAUGGCCGUUUUGGUGCUCGUCUGUGCUGUGAUGUUGGGAUUCCACUGCGCAGGAGGGGUGUACAAAGUGUCCUACGUGGUGAUCUUCUCACUGGCCGUUUUGCUAAUUAUCGUUCUCAUGAUCGUGUGUAACAGAAACGGGUUCCACCAGGACCACAUGUGGAUUGUGUGCUAUCUCGUCAUCGUUGUGGUCCUGGUGGUUCAAAUCAUGGGGGUGCUGCUUGUGGAGCCCCGAAGUGCCUCCGAAGGAAUAUGGUGGACAGUCUUUUUCAUUCACAUCAUCUACACGCUGCUCCCUGUCAGAAUGAGGGCCGCUGUCAUUACUGGAGUUAUUUUAUCAGCUAUACAUCUGAGCAUCUCUUGGAAACUAAACCAGAUGGACAGCUUUCUGUGGAAGCAACUGGUGUCCAAUGUCCUGAUCUUCUCCUGUACCAAUAUCGUGGGGGUGUGCACUCACUACCCAGCGGAGGGGUCCCAGAGACAGGCCUUCCAGGAGACCCGGGAGUGCAUCCAGGCCCGGCUCCACUCUCAGCGGGAGAACCAGCAGCAGGAGCGGCUCCUGCUGUCUGUGCUUCCUCGCCACGUUGCCAUGGAGAUGAAAGCUGACAUUAACGCCAAGCAGGAGGAUAUGAUGUUUCAUAAGAUUUACAUCCAGAAACAUGACAACGUGAGCAUCCUCUUUGCAGACAUUGAGGGGUUUACCAGUCUGGCUUCACAGUGCACUGCCCAGGAGCUGGUUAUGACUCUGAAUGAGCUGUUUGCCAGAUUCGACAAACUAGCUGCGGAGAACCACUGCUUACGUAUCAAAAUCCUGGGCGACUGCUACUACUGCGUGUCCGGGCUGCCCGAGGCCCGAGCCGACCACGCCCACUGCUGCGUGGAGAUGGGCGUGGACAUGAUCGAGGCCAUCUCGCUGGUGCGGGAGGUCACCGGGGUCAACGUGAACAUGCGAGUGGGGAUCCACAGCGGGCGCGUGCACUGCGGGGUGCUGGGACUGCGCAAGUGGCAGUUUGACGUCUGGUCCAAUGACGUCACCCUGGCCAACCAGAUGGAGGCAGGAGGCCGAGCCGGGCGUAUCCAUAUAACAAAGGCCACCCUGAACUACCUUAAUGGCGACUAUGACGUAGAGCCAGGUUUCGGAGGAGAGAGGAAUGCCUACUUGAAGAAACACAACAUCGAAACCUACCUCAUUGUUGGGUGCAGUCAAAAGCGAAAAGAGGAGAAGGCCAUGAUCGCGAAGAUAAACAGGCAGCGCACCAACUCCGUCAGCCACAACACAGCCCACUGGUGCUCAGACAGACCCUUCUACAACCACCUGAGCACUAACCAGGUCUCCAAGGAGAUGAAGAGAAUGGGCUUUGAGGAUCCCAAGGACAAGCAUUUCAUUUUCAGAAAUACCCAGGAAAACAUGAAUCCAGAAGAUGAGGUGGACGAGUUCCUGGGCCGUGCCAUUGAUGCGAGGAGUAUUGACCGACUGCGCUCGGAGCAUGUGAAGAAGUUCCUGUUGACCUUCCGGGAGCCAGAUCUGGAGAAAAAGUAUUCCAAGCAGGUGGAUGACAGAUUUGGGGCAUAUGUGGCUUGUGUUUCUCUCGUCUUCCUUUUCAUCUGCUUCAUACAGAUCGUUAUUGUGCCGCGCUCGUCGCUGAUGAUCGGCUUUUAUGUGACCUGCCUGCUGCUCCUCCUGGCAGUGAUGUUUGUGUCGGCGGUGUACUCCUGCUUUGGGCUGUUUCCAGUGCCUUUGCAAACUCUCUCCAAGAAGAUUGUUCAGUCCAGAAUCAACAGCACGCUUGUUGGAGUUUUCACAAUCAUCCUGGUCUUUCUCUCAGCCUUUAUCAACAUAUUCACCUGCAGCACUAAGGACAUCCAGGCAUGUGUGGGGAGGGAGUUUAACAUUGAGCCCAGCAGUGUGAAUGCAUGUCAUGUCUACAGCUCCAGCUUCAACUACACCCUUUACACUGUCGAGGGCUUCUGUGGGAGUGUGUCGCCUAACUGUAGUUUCCCAGAGUAUUUUACAGCCUGCGUGUUGCUGAGCCUUCUGGCCUGCUCUGUGUUCCUGCAGAUCAGUAGUAUUGGCAAACUCAUCCUCAUGGUCUUUAUCGAGUUGCUGUAUGUAAUCAUCGUUGAGGUCCCUGAGGUGAACCUCUUUGACAAUGUGGACUUACUGGUGACAGCGAAUGCCUUGAGUGACACCAAUGGAACAUGUUCCAUGAUUGACUCUAAGGUGCCACUGAAAAUAAUGACUCCUGUGGUGAUCACAGUGUUUGUCCUUGCACUGUACCUCCAUGCCCAGCAGGUGGAGUCCACAGCGCGACUCGACUUCCUCUGGAAGUUGCAGGCCACAGAGGAGAAGGAGGAGAUGGAGGAGCUGCAGGCCUACAACCGGAGGCUGCUGCACAACAUCCUGCCCAAAGACGUGGCCGCCCACUUCCUGGCCCGGGAGAGGCGCAACGACGAGCUGUACUACCAGUCCUGCGAGUGCGUGGCCGUCAUGUUCGCCUCCAUCAGCAACUUCUCCGAGUUCUACGUGGAGCUGGAGGCCAACAACGAGGGCGUGGAGUGCCUGCGACUGCUGAACGAGAUCAUCGCCGACUUUGACGAGAUUAUCAGUGAGGACCAGUUCCGCCAACUGGAGAAAAUUAAGACUAUUGGCAGCACAUACAUGGCUGCUUCAGGCCUCAACGACUCCACCUACGACAAAGCCGGGAAGACACACAUCAAAGCGCUGGCAGACUAUGCCAUGAGGCUAAUGGACCAGAUGAAGUACAUUAACGAGCAUUCCUUCAACAACUUCCAAAUGAAGAUUGGUCUGAAUAUCGGCCCAGUUGUGGCUGGUGUUAUUGGAGCUCGAAAGCCCCAGUACGACAUCUGGGGAAAUACGGUGAAUGUAGCCAGUCGAAUGGAUAGCACUGGGGUCCCUGAAAGAAUACAGGUGACCACAGACAUGUACCAGGUCCUGACCGCUCACAAGUACUCGCUGGAGUGCCGAGGGGUGGUGAAGGUCAAGGGCAAGGGAGAGAUGAUGACCUAUUUCUUGAAUGGAGGACCACCGAGCAGUUAACAGCUUCAGGAGUCCCAGAAGUGUGCGUGGUGUUAAUGUUGCGUGGGAAGACUGUUAAGUUGCAGGCACGAAGGAGGCCUUGCGAUGGGGACCUCUGGCGAGCUGGAAUCCUGAUGAAGACCCACAUGAAGGACGCAGCCCCGCUGAGCACCCUGCGCGUUUUCAUACCACCCUAGGGAGGCCAGGACGAGGUCUGCCUCACCCUCUCCUGGAGAGGCAGGCGACCUGCAGAGACCAAAGAAUUCUGACAGACCUGCCGCAAAGAGACCCAGAAAACGCCAAUUGAAAAAAAAAAUGCUCUCAGCGCAUUUGCUUAUUAAAUGUUGCAAACAGAGAAGAAAUCAAUACCCCUCGGCCUGCUGGGAUCAUAUGGAAGGACCAUUGUGAAAGGGUGGGGUGCAGAUAAGUGGCAUCAGUGUUUCUCCCACUUUCUGUGAUGAAGGAUCCAAACCGCUCAACAGAAAUCUGCAUGAAGAUGCUGGUUGUUGACUAAAACUGACUUUCAGUUUUCAUCUAUAUAUAUAUACACAAAUAUAUAAACAGAUGAGGCUGUGCCUUCCUCUGUCUAUAUCAUGAAGUGGUAUUGUCUUCAGCACAAUGCUAAGACAGAGUCUGUAGCCGUGAAGCAAAGAACCACGGCACUGCAAAACUUCAUGAGUCCUCAGUUGAUCUUUGUGUUUAUAGAUUGACGAGUUUACAUUUUUCUCCUGAUGUGUAAACUGCAGACACUUUAAAAGACAAUAAGAGAGGAAGCCCGAGAAAAGCUUCUUUUGUAUUUUUGCCAUUUUGUAUUUCGACUCCAAAAAAAACAAAUUCUAGCAAAUAUUUGAGAUUCUAUAUUUUGUACAUUAAUAUAUGGGAAGGAGCACCUGUGUGUAUUUGAAUGUAUAUAGGUGACAAAAGUAUUGGAAUCAUACACUAUUUUUUUCUCAUGU